AGCAGCCCAGCUCCGACAUGGCCCUGCUGGACCACUGCAUCCGCUCCAUCCUUGGCCUCCAGUGCUGCCUCCUCUUCCUUCUAGCUUCUCGGGAGGCAGGUGCUACCAUAGUUCAAGAACUUCAGAAGACUGGUGAAUCCCCAACAUCUGAUCAUUUGCUCCCUCCCACUCCACACCCUAUUAAUACUACUCCCUCUGACCACACUGCACUUCAUUCAGGAUACAGCCCUUCAGACCUCCCUAAAUCUACAGAAACCCAGAAACCAAAACACCGUUGCAAUACCACACACCGUUCCAAGCCGACUAACAAACCUAUAGAUAACUCUGGAAGCUCUACAACUCCUCAUGAAGCUCCUACCACUUCUGAACAAAAACCCAGCAAUCAAGGAAAAGACCAAAUCGUCCGGAACGAACGCUCUGCCGAUUCUACUAACUCCCCUAACACACAUACAGGAUCGUUAAAAUAUUCAACCCCAGCACCCAAGAGCAAAACAACUUGUCAUAAAUCCAAAACAAGCCAACCAACAGUAACAAGAAACUCAGCUAAAACCAUAACAACCAACAUCAUUACUUUAGUCAGUGAAAGCACCACCUCACACAAGACCACAAAUCCUUCCCACAACUCACUCAGUUCAGAGACCAAGAAAACACCCACAUCUACCUCAGAAAAAAGCACGACAGCCAGAAGCACACCAUACCAGGCUACAGGUAUCCCAAAAAGGUCAGAAAGAGAUGAAGAUCAUACAACAGCUGCUGAUUACAGAACUACAGUUGAGUCAGACAAGAAACCGAUAAAGACUACAGAGAACAUAAAAGAGACCACGUCAGCCACUGAAAAAACACAGACCCCAGCAAAGCCUACAGAACAGGGACAAGAGACCACAGCGGCCCACGAGAACACAAGAGCCCCAGCAAAGCCUAUGGAACAGCAACAAGAGACCACAGGGGCCCAUGAGAAGACCACAAGAGCCCCAGAAAAGCCCACAGAACAGAGACAAGAGACCACAGUGACUACAUCGGCCACUGAGACCAUAAAGCCCACAGAAAACCCAGCAAAAAACACAGCAGCCACAGAGACUAUAAGACCUCCAGUCAAGGUCACAGGAGACAAAUCUAUCACUAAUACCUCUCCUCGUCCGAAUAAAACUGAGGUUACCUAUCAGGUGCCGAUUGGUUCUUUUACAGCUACCACAUCCAGCAUGGAACUGAGUUCCAUCAUUUCGGAAGCCCCAGGCAACCAGAGCCAUCCAAAUCAGAACAAAGAUGACUCAGAGGGAGGUCUCAACACUGGAGAGAGUGGGGAGGAUUCAUUCCCUUCAUGGGCCAUAGUUAUUGUGAUCCUAUUGGCUGUAAUUCUCCUCCUGGUGUUCUUUGGCCUGAUCUUCUUGGUCUCCUAUAUGAUGCGAACACGCCGUGCACUGAUCCGGAACCCUGAGGACAAUGACCCAGAGAAUGAUGUGGGCCCCAAUUCCUACCCAGUCUACCUGAUGGAGCAGCAGACUCUUGGCACGAGCCAGAUCCCUUCCCCACGAUGAUCUUUCAGAAAGCGCCAACUCUCAGCUCUUCCAUGCCUUACCUCUCUCCUGGAUAAGGAAUUAGACUCACAACUCCUAUUUCCUGAACUCCAGGAAG